AUGCUGGCUUCGGCAUCCGCCGCUACAGCUAUUCUCGUAGUAGUUGGUUUAGCCAUAUUCUUUACUCUCUCGUUGAUCCACCUGGUGCGUCUUCAGAAUGCUUCGACCAAGCAUGCCAAAUCACGCCGUGCAAUACACCUUCUGGUUGUCCUGGGCAGUGGCGGUCAUACCGAAGAAAUGCUCUCGAUGCUGAGAUAUGCCCGCCUGGAUCCCGAGAUAUACUCGAAACGCACCUAUCUAGUCAGCUCCGGGGAUUUGUUUAGCGCAAGGAAAGCCUCUGAAUUUGAGCACAAACUCAGCAUGUUUGACCCAUCCACCGGGGCUCGAUUUUCAAAGGGGAGCAUGAUAGCUCCACGGACGAAGAAACGCAACGGCCAUUUGAAUCUGCAAACGGACCAUGAGAUCGUCACCGUCCCCAAAGCGAGAAACGUGCAUCAGAGCUUCCUGACCGCCCCGUUCUCGACCCUCCACUGCCUCUGGGCAUGUUUCCAGGUGCUCCGGGGCAAACAUGCCGACCAGAUACGAUUGAAUCCCGCACAAUCGCGUCCCACGACAUGUCCAGACUUGAUUUUGACCAAUGGGCCCGGGAUAGCGGUGUGCGUGAUCGUCGCAGCGAGGAUAUUGCGCUUUCUCAGCUGGCUUCUCGUCCUUAGCCCGCCACCCUUUGAAAAACCCGAUAAAUUGCGCCGCAGCAAGGGAUCAAGAAGAAGGUAUCUACGAACCAUCUUCGUGGAGUCUUGGGCGCGUGUUACGACCUUGAGCCUGUCCGGCAAACUUGUACUUCCUAUCGCGGACCGGUUUCUAGUGCAAUGGGAGCCCCUGGAAGGAUAUUCGAGCUGGAAUGGGAAGAAAGCAGAGUUCAUUUGGUUACUCUUUGACACCUUGCGUACCAGCCAGGCAAAUCUCCUUGCCCGGAACGUAUCAAGAAGAGAAAGAAUAUUUGAUGCGCCCAAAACUUGCACUUCUUCUAAGCGAGUGUUUUACCCGGUCUCCGCCUUCGAUAAAACCAUCAUGAGCUUCAUGGCGGCUUAA